CCAUCUUAGCUUUCAAUUUUUAUUUCACACCAUUUCCUGUCCUAGUCCUAGUCCCCCAACAUUCAUUUUCAAUUUACAAAUAUUUAUCAACCCAGGAUAAAUUACAGAAUUAUAUAUAUGUCUCCUGGAAUAGUAGUAACAUUUAGUGAACAGAUGAAAUUGAAAGGUGAAGAUGAUAUUGAUAGAUCAGAAAAUCAAUAUCAAAAAGGAGUGAAGCUACUAGUUGAUAAUGGUAUUCACAGUGUGCCUAAAAAGUAUAUACUUCCUCCUUCUGAACGUUCUGGCAUGAAUAUGGAAGAUGCAAAUGUUGCCAAACAAAACCUUGAGCUACCCAUCAUUGAUUUUUCUGAUUUGAUUGGUCCAAAUAGACACCAAGUCCUUCAAGCAUUAGCCAAUGCUUGUCAACGGUACGGAUUUUUCCAGGUGGUAAACCAUGGGAUCUCAGAAGAUGUAAUGAACAGCAUGAUGGAUGUGAGUGGAAGAUUUUUCGAUCUACCAUUUGAGGAAAGAGGAAAGUACAUGACAGCUGACAUGAGAGCAGCAGUUAGAUAUGGAACAAGCUUCAGUCAAACAAAAGACAGAGUGUUCUGUUGGAGAGACUUCUUGAAACUCCUCUGCCAUCCUUUGCCGGAUUUUCUUCCUCAUUGGCCUGAUUCCCCCGUGGACUUUAGGAAAGUGGUGGCUACCUACGCAGAAGAAACCAAAGACUUAUUUCUAAGGUUAAUGGAAGCCAUCGUAGAGAGUUUAGGUAUAGUUGAAAACAACAAAGAAGGAAAAGACAAUAUUCUCCAAGAAUUGGAAAAUGGGAGCCAGCUUAUGGCAGCUAAUUUCUACCCACCAUGUCCUCAACCAGACCUAACUUUAGGGAUGCCCCCUCAUUCUGACUAUGGAUUCCUAACACUUCUCCUCCAAGAUGAGGUUGAAGGUUUGCAAAUCCAAUUUCAAGGAAAAUGGUUCACAGUUCAUCCUAUUAAUAAUGCUUUCAUUGUUAAUGUUGGUGAUCACCUUGAGAUUUUUAGCAACGGAAAAUACAAAAGUGUGCUACAUAGAGUUUUGGUGAAUUCUUCUAAGCCUAGAAGAUCCGUGGCAUCGUUGCAUAGCGUUUGUUUCAACAGUACGGUGAGACCGUCACCAAAACUCAUUGACGAAGCGAAUCCCAAACGUUACGUAGACACCGAUUUUGAAACUUUUCUUGCCUACGUUUCAACAACGGAGACCAAGAGAAAGAGUUUUUUGGAGUCUAGGAAAUUCACUUCUAUUCUACAUCGCUAGGAACAAAAAGAAGGAAUUAUUAUAUACUACCUUAAUUAAAGUGCCACAUAUUGCACACAAUAAUUGAUUAUUUACUAGGAGAAAAAUUUGUUUGUAAAUUACACUGUACUCUUUUGAGCUAAUUUACAAUAUACUUUUUUCUCUUACAAUCAU